AUGCCAGCAACAACCCCCACCAUCUGCAUAGCCUGCGGCUCCACCGCCACCCUCCACUGCGCCGGCUGUCUGAACCCCCCGGCCUACCUACCGGGCUCUACCGCCAGCGCCGCGUACUGCACCCGCGCCUGCCAAAAGCGCCACUGGCCCAUCCACAAACACGUCUGCAGAGUGAUGACGCAGCGGACGAGACUCCAGCGCGCCGCCCAAAUCCUCAAGACCGCGCUACUCACCUACCGAGCGACAUUGUACGACAUCGCCCUCACGAAGAUCGACCUCCGCGACGGGACGCUCUACCUGCACCAGACGGCUAGAGACCCUGGCACCCGUGUCCGCUUCCCAGACCAUCUCACCACUACACCGGAGAAGAGGGAGGCAGCCCUGUGCAUGAACCAGUGCACGGCCGCGAUGGCGCUGUUGAGUGGGAUGAUCCGGAAGCUUCUGGCCGGUAUGGACACGCGAAUCAGAUUCAUGGACCUCCAGAUCGGCAAGAAACCUCGUCCGACGCGACUCGUUCCCGGCCCUGAUGCGACGGGGUGUCCGCAUACCGUGCUGGUGGUGACGAUGCGCCUCUCGGGCGAGGAAUGGGCUCUCGAUCCGACGGGCGGCCAGCAUGGGUAUUGCGAGGGGCUGGUCCCGUUCUCGAGGUAUAUGGCUGAGCGCGAGGCGAGGCCGUUGGGGCGUCCCGUGCGCUAUGAUGCGACCGAGACGUCGGAUCUGGAUUCUCUGGUCGGUCUGCCGGGAUUGGGGGCGCGAAGGAGGGAUUUGGAGGUGGAGAGGCGGGCGAGAGAGUAUUUUGCGGGGUUUGUGAGGGAUAAUGUUGGGAGUCAGAUGUUGGAUGGUACUGCGGAGGAGUUUGAAAAGAGGUUGGAGGGGUUUGUUGAGGGGCUGAAGGAGCAUUUGUUGGAGUUCCGAGUGUAG